GACGCUCUACUUCACUUCCGGCUCUCCGCGGCUCUCCCCAGUGAGGGUGGCUCCCUGCGCUGGGCGGAAGCGCGGUGGCCUCAUGGCGGCGGUGGACAUCCGAGAUAACCUCCUAGGGAUUUCUUGGGUUGACAGUUCCUGGAUUCCAAUAUUAAACAAUGGAAGCGUGCUGGACUACUUCUCGGAGCGGAGUAAUCCGUUCUAUGACCGGACAUGUAACAAUGAAGUAGUCAAAAUGCAACGGCUGACAUUGGAGCACUUGAAUCAAAUGAUUGGAGUGGAGUAUAUCCUCCUUCAUGCUCAAGAGCCCAUUCUCUUCAUUAUUCGAAAGCAGCAAAGACAGUCUCCUACACAAGUUAUCCCACUAGCCGAUUACUACAUUAUUGCAGGCGUGAUUUAUCAGGCACCUGACUUGGGGUCCGUCAUAAACUCCAGAGUGCUCACUGCAGUGCAUGGAAUUCAGUCUGCUUUUGAAGAAGCUAUGGCUUACUGCCGAUAUCACCCUUCCAAAGGCUACUGGUGGCAUUUCAAAGAUCAGGAAGAACGAGAUAAAGCCAAGCCAAAGGCCAAGAAGAAGGAAGAACCAAGUUCUAUUUUCCAGAGGCAGCGGGUGGAUGCUUUGCUUCUUGACCUGAGACAAAAGUUUCCACCCAGAUUUGUUCAGCAAAAACCUGGAGAAAAGCCUGUCCCAAUGGAUCAGAUCAAGAAGGAGCCAGAACCAGCCCCUGAAGCCAUAAAGACAGAGGAGAAAGAGACUGCAAAGAAUACCCAGCAGAGUUCUGGCACCAAAGGGCCCCCGGAGAAACGGAUGAGACUCCAGUGAAGGGAGGGCCAGUUCCUUCCUAGGGGAUUCAAUACGUGGGGAAGAAUUUGCAAGAGGCUCUUGCUGCCCUUUGUUUGUAUUGGAACAUUUUGGCAAAGACCAUGAACUUUCAGGGUUUAAAGCCACUUAUAACAGUUUAUCUCUGUAGAAACCUAUCAUUAAAGCUGUUGAUAGCAGGGCUUGAGCUAUCCCAGGAGACGAUCCGUUUCCACCUUCUUUCCAUUUUGGAUUUUACCUUCUGUGACUGAAUUUCAUAGUAGGUGUGUUUUGCAACUUCUUUAUGAUCCAACUUCUUUGUGCUUUCCCUUCUAGCUCCUUUUUCUAUGUAAGAAAAGAGGAACUCUUAUUU